AUGGGACCAAAUAGCUUUCUGUAUGAUGAUAUUUACUACGGUAGUGUGUGCUUUUGGGUGAGUGUGUCAGAAAAGGAUCUCGCCAAUGCUCAAACAACGUGUUCGAACAAAGGAGGGUCACUGGCCAUCAUAACUGACAGCGCAAUGCAAAACAUUGUGAACACUCUCCUGAACUCUGCAGGUACCAUCCCAAAUCAAGAUCCUUCAUUGGUUGAAACCUCUUCUGCUGCCAUAACAACGGAUACGGUUGCCACCACACUUCAAUCAUGUACGUGUCCAGCAGUACAACAUACAUCUGCUAUCAACUCUACGGAAGAGCUGAACAGAAAAAUCGCAGAAAUCAGGAAAGAAUUAGAAGUAGAGAAAUCCUCAUUGUCUUCGACUAUCCGUAGAAAAACGUCAGCAGACGACUCCCGACCCUCCGCCAAAACUUUCGGUGGUCUGACAAACUACUGCAAUGGCUUGGGAACAAAUACUUUAUUCUAUAAUGAAUCAUACGGUCCAGUCUGUUUUUGGGUGAGUACCAUCAAGAGAAAUCUCACCAGCGCUCAAACGAAAUGCGUUGAUGAAGGAGGAUCUUUGGCUAUCGUAAAGGACGAUUCAACGAACACUGCUGUAAACAAUUUUCUGGAUUCCGUAGGUCGAGGAAAUUCAGAAGUUUACAUUGGGUAUGACGUGGAUACAACAUCAAACUACAAACUUACAACUCUGUCAGGACAGGCUCAACAAUACGAAAAUUUCUACGCAAAAAAUCUCAACCACGCAGACUGGCAUUGUGUGUCUCUGUAUCUGACAUAUUGGUACGCAGAGAAAUGUGACCAUUCCUACUAUUUUCUCUGUAGUACUAUUCCAAACAGAGUUCCAUCCAACAUCAUCACAACGGAAUCUGCAACCACCACUGAGUCUCCAGCAACCACCACCAAAUCUCUGACAACCACCGAAUCCACCUCCUCAAUCACCGAACCCACUUCCCCCAGUACAAUGUUAACCGCUACUUCAUCCACAUCUCAGAACUGCACCUGUCCUGAAGGAUGUGUGGUGAGAUACACUGCAACCAUCAAUUCCACGGAGGAACUGAAUGCCAAAAUUGCAGAAAUCAAGAAAGAAAUCCAGGUUGAGAAAUCCACCUUAUCUUCCUCUGUCCGCAAAAAAACAUCAGCAACCGAUUCCAGGCCCUCCGCGAAAACUUUCGGUUUUGUGGGAAUUAUCAUCAUCACCUUCGUUCUUGGAGGGAUUGUUGCUUUGGAUUUUCCCAUGCUUAUAGUUGGUCUGAAGAAAUUUGGUGCAUGUGCAAUAAAACUCAUUAAGAAAUGA